AUGCACGCGGCCACUGUUGAUGCCAGCGCCGACGCGGCGCUGGCCAGGAUGGGCUAUAAGAGCGAAUUACCUCGUAAUCUGAGCAUGUUGAGUAUUCUCGGACUUUCCUUUGCCAUCAUGGCCGCGCCCUUCGGUCUCAGCACCACCAUGUACAUCACCCUGACCGACGGUCAAUCCGUCACCAUAAUCUGGGGCUGGGUCCUCGUCACCUUGAUCUCGAUCGCGAUCGCCGCCUCGCUGGCCGAAAUCUGCGCCGUCUACCCGACCGCCGGCGGCGUGUACUACUGGAGCGCCAUGCUGUCGACCAAGGAAUGGGCCCCGAUGAUGUCCUUCAUUGACGGAUGGUUGACACUCGUCGGAAACUGGACCGUCACGCUCAGUAUCACCUUCUCGACCGGCCAGCUGAUCCUGAGUGCGAUCUCGCUGUGGAACGAGGACUUUGUCGCCAAUGCGUGGCAGACCAUCCUGAUGUUCUGGGCGGUGGUGCUCGUCUGUGCAAUGGUCAACAUCUUCUUCUCCAAGUACUUGGAUUUGAUCAACAAAGUGUGUAUCUUUUGGACCGCGGCUAGUGUGAUCAUCAUCUUGAUCGUUCUUUUAUCGAUGGCGGAUAAUCGGCGGGAUGCGGCGUUUGUUUUUGGGCAUUACGAUGCGUCGGAUAGUGGGUGGCCUUCUGGAUGGGCUUUCUUCGUCGGUUUGCUGCAGGCAGCUUACACCUUGACGGGGUACGGCAUGGUCGCAGCCAUGUGUGAAGAAGUGCAGAAUCCUCAUCGGGAGGUCCCCAAGGCAAUUGUCCUUUCGGUCGUCGCCGCUGGUAUCACCGGUCUCAUCUACCUGAUCCCCAUUCUCUUCGUUCUGCCGACCGUGAAGGACCUCCUCAGUGUGGCCAGUGGCCAACCCAUCGGCCUCAUCUUCAAGACAGCGACUGGCUCGGCCGGUGGUGGGUUCGGCUUGCUGUUCCUCAUCCUCGGUAUUGCCAUGUUCGCCGGCAUUGGCUCCCUGACGGCGGCCAGCCGGUGCACCUACGCAUUUGCCCGUGACGGGGCCAUCCCCGGAUUCCGCAUCUGGCGCAAAGUCAACAAGCGCCUCGAUGUGCCCGUCUAUGCCGUCUUGCUCUCCGCCGCGGUCGACUGCCUCCUGGGCUUGAUCUACUUCGGCUCGACCGCGGCCUUCAACUCGUUCACCGGUGUCGCCACGAUCUGCCUGUCGACUUCGUACGGUCUUCCAAUCCUCAUUUCCAUGGUCCGUGGGCGCCGGGACCUCAAGGAAUCUACCUUCUCUCUCGGAGCAUUCGGGUAUGCGAUCAACGCUGUUACAGUGUGCUGGAUCGUCCUGGCGGUAGUCCUCUUCUGCAUGCCUGUCUCCCUGCCGGUAACUGCCAGCUCGAUGAACUACGCCAGCGUCGUGUUCGCGGGGUUCGCGACAAUCAGCAUCAUUUGGUACAUUGUCUAUGCCCGCAAGCAUUUCACUGGACCACCUGCGUCGGCCGAAGAAGUAAGGGCGCGGCCUGUGAUGACAGGAAAAGCGGUUGUAGAUGCCGAGAAUGCAUAUUCGGAUGGAUCGAUGUCCUCCAAGAAGGUGGAGCAAUGA